UCUAUUUCUUACUAUCUUUCCAACAAUCUCAUCUUUUUUUGUUUCUUUUCUACAAUUGAUAUUCGAAUUCUUCUUAAUGGUAUUUCAAUUAAAAGGCCAUUUGCUUAUCAGAAGUUAAGAUUUUUGUGCAGUCACAACAUCACUUCCUAGGGUGUAUGUAUCGUUGGAUGAUUUAUUGCAAGUUUCUGUCACCUGAGCCGUGCAGAAAUUUAUUAUUAUAGUGGUGAACUAGUACUAUGCAUAUGGUUUAAGUUUUUAUUGAUAGGUUGUGAUCAUAAUUAUCACAGGAGAAAUUCAUGGUUUUACUUAUGCUACCCUGCUGAAUGUAUAGCCGUCAUUUAUUUUCUUCUUUUGGUUAGUAUUUUUUUUUCCUUUUGUUCAUGUUAAUUUCUUUCCUUUACAUGUGUGGUGUGAAUUAAUUAGCAUGGCACGUGAUUGUGAAACUAUAGUUACUGCAUGUUUGAGAAUCCUUCUAAAUUUGACCCUAAAUCAAAAAUCAGUAAUGGAAAGAAACUUCUGAAAGUAGCUUCUGCCUGUCAGAAUAGAGUCAGAGGAAAAUGAAGGUGAUCCAAAUAUUUAAGUAGUGUUACCUGCUAUGUCAAGUGGUAAUAUACAAACUAAAGCCAUAGAUGCUGUUCUAUCACCUUGACUAUGGUUUUGUUACCACCUUUUUGCAGAGCUUGAUUAAAGAGAAGCAUAUAAGGCUGCAAUGGUCAAUAGUGACCCUCCUGAACGUAUUGAGGGAAAAUAUGCUGCAAUAGUUGUGUGCUGGCUUCUUGGCAAUGGGUGUCUUUUCGCGUGGAACAGCAUGCUGACCAUAGUAGAUUACUAUACUGACUUGUUUCCGAAGUACCAUCCCUCUAGGGUGCUUACUCUUGUAUACCAGCCAUUCGCAUUCGGAACACUAGCAAUACUUGCUUACAAAGAGGCAAAAAUCAAUACAAGGAUAAGGAACCUAUUUGGAUUUACUCUCUUUUUCAUAGGCACUCUGUCAGUGUUAAUUUUGGAUUUGGCAACAUCUGGUAAAGGAGGGUUUGGGACUUUCAUUGGCAUAUGCAUAAUCAGUGCUGCAUUUGGAAUAGCAGAUGCUUAUGCUCAAGGGGGAAUGGUGGGAGAUUUGUGCUACAUGCUUCCAGAAUUCAUUCAGUCUUUCCUUGCUGGUGCUGCAGCUUCAGGAGCCUUAACUUCUGUUUUAAGGUUAAUCACAAAAGCAGCAUUUGAGAAUUCCAAGGGUGGACUCCGCAAAGGAGCCAUUAUGUUCUUUGUCAUAUCAACAUUCUUUGAGCUGCUUUGUGUAAUGCUCUAUGCGUUUGUGUUUCCUAAACUACCAAUUGUGAAGUACUACCGUUCAAAAGCAGCAUCUGAAGGAUCCAAAACUGUCUCAGCCGACCUGGCAGCAGGUGGCAUCCUGACCUCACCUAGAGGAGAUAUAGAAGAUGGAACACAGCUUGAGCGCAAAGGAAAGAUGCAGUUGUUACAGGAAAACUUUGAUUAUGCACUUGAUUUAUUCCUAACACAUGUGCUAACACUGUCUAUAUUCCCUGGAUUCUUAUCAGAAGACACUGGAUCACACAGUUUAGGCACUUGGUAUGCUCUUGUUUUAAUUACUAUGUAUAAUGUGUGUGAUCUGAUAGGAAGAUAUAUUCCACUCUUGAAAACCCUCAAGUUGGAGUCUCGAAAGCUGAUCACAGCAACAACCAUUUGUCGUUUUUUACUUGUACCAGCAUUUUAUUUCACUGCUAAGUAUGGUUCCCAAGGGUGGAUGAUAAUGUUGACAUGUUUCUUGGGGAUAUCCAAUGGUUACCUCACUGUCUGUGUUCUCACUUCUGCUCCCAAAGGUUACAAGGUUGGUCAUGUUAAAGUGUUAAGCAAUCAGAACUUUCUGUUGCUUAAAGCUAUUCAAAUAUUUGGUUCAUUAAUAUUGUUUUUUCCUGUUUUUUUUUUUGCAAAGUUACUUUUGUAGGGACCAGAACAAAAUGCCUUGGGAAACUUGUUGGUAUUGUUUCUUGUUGGUGGUAUUUUGGCAGGGGUAGCACUUGAUUGGUUGUGGUUAAUUGGUAAAGGGUGGUGAGAUGUUAACCGAGCUAAAUGAGAAAUUUAUCUGUUUGAUUUUAUAUUCAACCUAAAUACCUAAUGUAACGCCAAUGAGGCCUCAGACUCUCUUUCAUGUUUGCCUCAUUGUAAUUACAAUUAUGAAUUUCAAAUUUUCAACU